AUGUUCAGUCGUAAAAUAAAUGUACGGAAAAUAUUUUUUUUUCAAUUUUUUUUGUUAUAUGCAUUACGGAAUGUUGUUGCUGAAUCAAUAACAAUACCACCUCUCCAUUCAUUUGAAGACUACGAUAGCUGUUUAGCUCUUCCAUCCCCAAACAAUACAUACUGUGUUGUUUUUGCAGAAAUAAUACCAAAUGCAACAUCCACAUUAUGGAAAAAUAUUACACAGCUAUCAUCUGAUUUUAGAUAUAAUUACAGACAUGAUCAUUUAUUUUUUGGAGUUUGUUUAAAUACUUGCAUAAACAUUGUGAAAUCCUUAAACACUGACAUUGAAAAAUAUAUUACUGGUGAAAUUAAAGAUAAUGAGCUUGCGUCAUAUUAUGAUACUGUACAUAAAAAUAAUGCUGAAUUAAAGGCAAACUACAAGAAUGUGACAAAUAUUUGCCUUAAUUAUAAAUUUAUGGAAAAAUAUAACCUAAAACUUCGCACCUAUAUUGAAUAUUGUCAGAGUGGAAACUCAACUCCAUUUAGUGAUAAUGAUACAUUGGAUAUAAUAGCUUAUUACAUUUUUGGUGUUAUUUUGGUUCUUAAUAUUGCAUCAAGUAUAUAUGAUUAUGCUCUCAAAAAAAAGAAAUCUCAAACUGCUUGCACUAAAAAUUUCUAUAAAGAAGAUUUAAAUACAAAUGUUGAAAAGAUUUUGACGUCUUUUUCGUUUUUACGUAACUACCAUCGUUUGACGAGGCGCCCCAAUCCAAAUGAUUUAAUUAAAAACUUAGAAGGCUUUAAUGUAAUUCGAAUUAUUGGAGUGUAUUUAGUGAUAUCUGCUCAUGUUUACUUACUUGUACUGACAUCCCACAUGCAAAAUUCGGAAUUUAUUGAGACAAUGUUAAAACAUGCCGAAGCAAUAAUCAUACAAAAUGGAACUGCUUUCAUACAAAUAUUCUUCAUAAUCAGCGGAUUUUUGUUGAAUUUCACUUUUAACCAAAAGCAAAUGGUAACCCCGUCUACCGAUAUUAAGCAAGGAAUUGUGAUUUAUUUUAAGAUAUUCAUACUCCGCUAUAUAAGAUUUCUCCCAUCUCUGCUUUUAUAUAUACUUUUCACUGGUACAAUACUAAAUAAAUUACAAGAUGGACCUCUUUGGUUGCAUAUAGCACAGCCAGACCGUACCUUUUGUCGAGAGUAUUGGUGGAAGAACAUACUUUUUAUUAAUAAUUUCUUUAUGAAAUAUAGUUGUUCACAUCAGACUUGGUAUCUUGCAGCCGAUAUGCAACUGUUUGAAUUAUUUCUAAUAAUCACAAUAAUUACAGCAAAAUAUCCAAAUUUGAAGAAGUACAUAUACUUUGUGUUAAUUCUAUGUGCUUUUUUGAUACCAAGUUUAUUAACAUACUACUUAAACCUUGAACCAAUUUAUCACAUGUAUCCAGACUAUGUUUAUGAAUUAUUCAAAAAAAAAUUUAUUAUAACAUAUCAAAGUAUGUUAUUAACAUCAAAUAAAUCAAGUGGCUACUUUGAUUGCGAUGAUUCUGAUAGUUACUCUGAGCUGUCAUUUAUGGAUGAAUAUGACGAUGAUGUAGUAACAAGCAACCUAACGGAACUGAUGAUGCACACGCAUAAUUAUGCUGAUAUAACGACAACAUAUUGCAACAGACAAAAGGAACAAAGUCAUGAAUGCACAGAUGCAAAUUGUAAUAUGAACGUUAACGAAACAAACAAUGGAUGCGUUGAUGAUGUGCUAGCAAAUAAUUGCCACGUUCUACAACACGAGCUCGAGUUACAAGCCCAUCAGCAGGAUAAAAUGCAUAUUUGUCCAGAAAGUGAUGUAUCGCCCGCACAUUGCCAUUUGGAAAAAAAUAAGGCCAACUGUACAAAUAGGCCGGAACGUAAAUGUGACUUAAUCUCUACUACAUCGACUACAAGUGCAAAAGCAGCGAUUGAUGAACUCAUACGUGAAGAGAAACAAAUUGAACAGCAUCAGCACCUUCAUCAGCAAAGCAAUGAACUGGAAAAUUGUGCAAGUUUCAAUGAGUUGAGUUUAUUGGAUGUAAAGGUUAAGCAACAUGAAACUAUAACAGUAAUAAGUAAUGCAAGCGAUGAUAGGAAUUUGCAGUAG